AAUAACCAUCAUGACUACCGUAAAGCCAUUAACACAAUAUUAAGGACAAGGAGAGACUGUUGCUGCAUUCCUUACUUUGGUGUGUUUAUGCGUGACGUUACUCUCUGCAAUUAUGGAAACCCAAAGAAAUUAAAGAAUGGGCUUUUUAAUUUUUCUAAAUUAAGAAUACUGGUACAAAUGUUUGAUGAACUUCAUCAAUAUCAACGUUCAAAGUAUUACCAUCCUUCGGAUGAUAGGACUCAAGCGUUUUGUAGUAAAUUGUGGUCACUUGACGAUCAUGAUCUGUAUGAGCUGUCAUUAAAAUUAGAGCCAAGAGAGCAAUCAAUGUCUGAAUCAGAGGAUUAAUGAAAUGCACACUUUUAAAUUCACAGCAAAUUGUUUUGAAACUAAACUAGUAUUUUUAUUUUUUAAUUAUUA